UUCAACGGUGCGUGGCGUCGCGGUGUGGGCAGUGAGGAGAGGUGCGCAGCUGGAGAGGCCGCCAUGGGCCGUGCCGCGGCGCUUCGCGCUGCCGAUGAUGCCGCGAUCGCCGCGCGCGGCUGCGUGCGCACGGCGGCGACGGCGGGGCACCUCGGCGGCAAUGUUGCUGGAGCGCUGCCCUCGCGGGUGUGCGGCUGCAGCUGGUGCGCACGCUGUGUGACGCCGUGCGCUGGCUGCGGCACCGUCGCACCUCUGGGGGGCCACUGCCCGUGCUGCCAGCCUCGUCCAUGUCCCCUCCCGCUGUGCGGCCUCGCCGCUGCGUCCGGCGCGCGGCUGUGCUGCCGCCGAGAUGGCGCUGUGCUUCUCACGCUGCGGUGCUGCCGCCGAGAUGGCGCUUUGCUCCUCGCGCUGCUGCGCCGGCCUGCUGACACACACACGCCCACACACAGUCGACGGUGGCCACCGCGCCAUCAAGUACUCGCGCCUCUCGGGCGUCAAGCCGGACAUCUACAACGAAGGCACGCAUCUUGUGAUCCCCUGGUUCGAGACGCCCAUCGACUACGACGUGCGCGCCAAGCCGCGCAGCAUCGCGUCGCUCACCGGCACAAAGGACCUGCAGAUGGUCAACAUCACCUGCCGCGUGCUGAGCCGCCCGGCCGUCGAGCAGCUGCCGACCAUCUUCCGCGAGCUGGGCACCGACUACGACGAGCGCGUGCUGCCGAGCAUCGUCAAUGAGGUGCUCAAGAGCGUCGUCGCGCAGUUCAACGCCUCGCAGCUCAUCACGCAGCGCGAGAUGGUGUCGCGCCUGGUGCGCGAGAACCUGACGAUGCGCGCGCGGCGCUUCAACCUCGUGCUCGACGACGUCUCCAUCACGCACGUCGCCUUCUCGCCCGAGUUCACGCACGCCGUCGAGGCCAAGCAGAUUGCGCAGCAGACGGCACUGCGCGCGGCGUUCCUCGUCGACCAGGCGAUCCAGGAGAAGGCCAGCAUCAUCGUGCGCGCACAGGGAGAGGCCAAGUCCGCGGAACUCGUGGGCCAGGCGGCACGCGGCGGCUUCCUGCAGCUGCGCAAGCUCGAGGCGGCGCGCGACAUUGCCCACAUCCUCGCCAACAGCGGCAACCGCAUCAUGCUCGAUGCCGAGAGCCUGCUGCUCAACGUUGCCGACCAGGACCCCGAUGCCAAGAAGAAGAGAUAGGCGCGUGUGUCCCGCUGGCAAUCACCACCACUUUUGUGCAGA